AUGAUGAAGGAUGGCGAGGAUGGCCGUGAGGCGACAACGUUGGGUCUCGCCGUGGCCGAGCCAACCGAGGACGACUCAGAAACUGGACCUGCGCCUGCAAUAAUGCCCGCCGGUGCCAGAAGACGCGACUACGCAUCGACCUGUGCCCACUUCACCCACACUCGCAUAUACGCCCUCUUCACCGCAACGCUCCGAAGAAAACGACGACGCGCAGGCAUCCUUCUCCUCUAG